AUGCGUCUCACCGUCCUUCUCUACGCUGCUCUUGCCGGCCUGUCGCUGGCCGCUCCAGCCGAACCCGCCGAAGCCGCCGAUGCUGCUGCCUUGGACAAGCGUCAGGCGAGCUGCGUGACCAUCAGGAACCAACUCGCUUCCUGUGAGGCUGAAGGCAACUGUGGCACUGUCAUGGCCCAGUGCAUCGCUCUUCACUGCCAGCACUGCGCCAACUUCUAG